AUGGCACCAAAUAAAUUGAGCGCUGUCGAUUAUGUUAUUCUUGUAAUACUUCUUCUAUCAUCGGCUGUCAUUGGUGCUAUAUUCGGAUUUUUCAAGUCGAACAAGAAUUCAGCACAAGAAUUUCUCCUAGCUGCUGGUUUGAACAUUUGGGUUUCUGUUAUUUCAAUCGGUGUCAUUUGCACGUUCUAUUCUUCUGUGGGUGGUAUGAAAGCAGUCAUUUGGACCGAUGUUCUACAAUCAAUAGUCAUGUUUGUUGGUCUUUUAGCAGUCAUCAUUCAAGGUUUGAUAUCACUCGGUGGUUUUAAACGAACAUUUUCCAUAGCAUCACGAGGCGGCAGAAUUGAAUUUGAUAGCGCUGAUCCUCGUACUCGUCAUACAAUAUGGUCAUUAAUCAUCGGUGGGUCAAUCAAUGCACUUGCUACCUAUGGAUUUAAUCAAGCACAAGUACAACGUUAUAUGUGUAUUCGUUCAACACGUAGUGCUAAACAAGCACUAUUUAUGAAUGCAGUCGGUUCUGCACUGAUUGUUUUCCUCUCGACUCUAAUUGGAGUUAUCAUUUAUGCAUAUUAUGCCGAUUGUGAUCCGUAUACAACCAAAAAACUUCAAGAAAUUGAUCAAAUUCUUCCGUAUUUUGUCAUGGAAGUAUUGGGCGAUAAGAAAGGUCUACCUGGUGUAUUUCUUGCUUGUAUUUUUUCUGGUUCACUCUCUACAAUUUCAUCUGGAUUGAAUAGUCUAGCAGCAGUACUUGUAGAAGACGUUUACAAAGGACUUUUGGGGGUUCAAAUUACAAAAAGACAGAUGACAAGUGUUAUUUUACCGUUAUCGAUAGCUAAUUGUACUGAUAUAACAAAUAGUACAUUAACAAAUUGGACUACAAGUACAACGAUACCUACAUUCUUAAACACAAAAGGUAGUAUAUCUUCACCUGACCAAAAGACUGCAGAAUUUACAUUAAGAAGUACUGUUGAUCUACUGACAACUGAAAUGUCGAUUUCCUAUUCUAAUGAAACAGCAUAUUCGACACAAAAUAAUAAUCAAGAAGAAUUAAUUUAUAAAACGACUUCGUCAAAGCAUAGACAAUUAAGUGUACCUUACAAUUUUAUUCUCAUAUGGUUGAAUUCUAGCGUGAAUGAAUAUGACAAUCAAUAUAAUGAUUUAAUGACUCAAUUUCAACGUAUAACUAAGUCCAUUCGACUAUUUACUGAUGUUGAUCAAUGUAUUGAAUUUAUGAGAAAUAUUGAAGAUGACAAAGUUUUGAUUAUUUUAUCAAACAAUAUCGAUAUGACUUAUGUACCUCUUAUAAAUGAUUUACAUCAAGUCGAUUCCAUAUACAUUUUUUCGAAUGAAGAAAUCAAACCUGAACAAAGUUUAUUAGAAUACAAAAAAAAGGCUCUUAAAAUUCAACAAUUGGUUUGUCCAGUCAAUGAUCUAUCAAUAGCGACCACAUGCAUUAAUAUCGGUCGAGCACAUGCUAUUAGAGAAUACUACUCAUUUGCACGCGAUAGUUACCAAGAAGCACUUAAAAUUCAAGAGAAUGUUCUGGAUCCAAAUGAUCUUAGAUUGGCUGAGACAUAUAACAAUAUUGGAGAAAUGCAUCGAUUAACAGGAAACUGCUCAGCUGCAUUACAAUACUUUGAAAAGACGCUACAAAUUCAGGAAAAAUCACUUGCUUCAAAUCAUCCAUCACUAAUUAAGACAAAACGUGAUAUAGACCAAGUACGUAACUCUAUGAAGAAUAUUGGCAAAAUAAUAUCAUUUUUGGAGACAGUACUGAAACUAAAAUCAAAAUCAUUUCUAUCAAAUGAUACAUCCUUCAAUUUGAGUGAUGACAAUAUGACAACAACAUUGGAAGAAUCUAAUCAAUACGAAGAUAUGGCUCUUGAGCCAUCACAAACCAUUAAUUCCAUUGCUCAUAGUAUUAAUCCUAAUCAUUCGCCAGCGGAAAUAUUUCAAGAAUAUGACAAUGAAUGCACGACUACAUUCAGCAGUGAAAAACAGCGUGAGAAAAAGAUCGACAAGCAAUGGAUCUAUCCUGUUCUUCUUAUUCUUCCUUCGUUAGAAAAAUCUCCUUUAUAUUCUGUUCUAAAGGUCAUAACCAAUGGUUGUCUCAUGUCUCCAAUUCUCAUAGAUGAAUGUAAUGAUAAACUAAAGUCAUACCAACAAAUAAAGGAACUUAUACUCGAAGUUUCAUCUAUUUCUGUCAGUGAGCGAGAUCGAAUGCUUACAGAAAUCUCAUCUUUUGAUAAUAUUCAAUCAAUCUAUUUAUUGGGAAAACCACCUGAAACAAAACAACAACGGAAUGAGUUUUUUAAUCGAUUUGACAAAGUAUGCAUAUUCUGUGACGAUGAAGAGCAAAUUGCUGUUCAAUGGGUAUUGGAUACCGCUAACCAUUGCCGCAUAUCUGCCAAUCAAUAUAUUAAGGCAGGUGACAAAGCUGUUGCUAGUGAACAUUUUCAACGAGGUAUAGAACUUUACGAUCGUCUUAAAGACUUCAUCAAAUCAACACAACGUCAAGUAUCAUAA